GGAGGACUUUGCCCCACGUAUCGCCGAGCACCCGUCUGACCUGAUAGUGUCUAAGGGGGAGCCGGCCACCCUGAACUGUAAGGCUGAGGGCCGGCCCAGCCCCACGGUGGAGUGGUACAAGGACGGGGAGCGCGUGGAGACGGACAAGGAUGACGCUCGCUCUCACCGAAUGCUGCUGCCCAGCGGCUCCCUCUUCUUCCUGCGCAUCGUCCACGGCCGCCGCAGCAAGCCUGACGAGGGCGUGUACGUGUGUGUGGCUCGUAACUACCUGGGGGAGGCCGUCAGCCACAACGCCUCGCUGGAGGUGGCAAUUCUCAGGGAUGAUUUCCGGCAGAACCCGGCCGACGUGAUGGUGGCAGCGGGGGAGCCAGCAGUGAUGGAGUGCCAGCCUCCCCGCGGGCAUCCAGAGCCUACCAUCUCCUGGCGCAAGGACAGCAGCCCCCUGGGCGACAGAGACGAGAGGAUCACGAUCCGAGGUGGAAAACUGAUGAUCACGAACAGCCGGAAAAGCGACGCUGGAAAGUACGUGUGUGUGGGGACCAACAUGGUGGGGGAGCGAGAGAGCGAUGUGGCAGAGUUGACCGUGCUAGAGAGACCGUCCUUUGUGAAGAGGCCGAGUGGACAGGUGCUGCUGGUGGACGAGAACGUGGAGUUCAAGUGCGAGGCUCGAGGGGACCCGGUGCCCACCGUACGGUGGAGGAAGGAAGACGGGUCACUGCCAAAGAUCAGGUCGGAGAUACAGGAUGACAACACACUCAUCAUCCGUCGGGUGACGGGCGGAGACGUGGGGACCUAUACCUGCCUGGCGGAGAACAUGGUGGGCAAGGCGGAGGCAUCGGCUACACUGACAGUUCACGUUGGUUCUGUGGCUCCUCCCAAGUUUGUGGUGAACCCAAGAGACCAGGUGGUGGCAGUGGGACGGACGGUGACUUUUCAGUGUGAAGCCACCGGCAAUCCACAGCCCGCCAUCUUCUGGCAGAGAGAGGGCAGCCAGAACCUUCUCUUCUCGUCACAGCCGCCGCAGCCCUCCAGCCGGUUCUCGGUGUCACCGACCGGUGACCUGACCAUCGUGAGCGCUCAGCGCUCCGACGUCGGCUACUACAGCUGUCAGGCCCUCAAUGUGGCCGGCAGUGUCAUCACCAAGGCCUUCCUGGAGGUCACUGACGUGAUUUCAGACCGACCACCUCCGGUGAUCCGCCAAGGCCCGGUAAACCAGACGGUCCCUGUGGACGGAACCAUCAUCCUGAGCUGCGUGUCCAGCGGCUCCCCCACCCCCACCAUCCUCUGGCGGAAGGACGGAGGCCUAGUCCCCACCCACGACUCCCGCGUCAAACAGCAGGACUCGGGCAGCCUCCAGAUCCGCUACGCCAAGCUGGGGGACACGGGUGUGUACACAUGCAUCGCGUCCACUGCCAGCGGAGAAGCCACGUGGAGUGCGUACAUCGAAGUUCAAGAGUUUGGAGUAGCGGCUCAGCCCCCCCGCCAGCCUGACCCGAAUCUCAUCCCAAGCGCUCCGUCCAAACCCAAAAUCCCGGAGGUGAGCCGGAACACCGUCACUCUGACCUGGCAACCUAAUCUGAGCGUGGGCGCCACCCCCAUGUCCUACAUCAUCGAAGCUUUCAGUCACUCGUCGGGGAGCAGUUGGCAGACAGUGGCUCAGAACGUGAAGACGGAAGCCUAUUCAGUGAGAGGACUGAGGCCUAACGCUGUCUACCUGUUCCUGGUGCGGGCCGUCAAUGCCUACGGCCUCAGUAACCCCAGCCCCAUCUCCGACCCCGUCAAGACGCAGGACUCGCCGCCCUCCGGCCCGGGUGUGGAUCACCGGCAGCUGCAGAGAGAGCUGGGAGACGUGCUGCUCCACCUUCAUAACCCCAUCAUUCUCUCCUCCUCCUCCAUCCAGCUCCACUGGACGGUUGACCAGCAGUCUCAGUAUAUCCAGGGUUACCGGGUACUGUACCGGCCCUCGUCACUGGACAGACGGGGGGACUCGGAAUGGUCGGUGCUGGAGGUCAGGACCCCCACGGAUCGCAGCGCUGUCCUGACCGCCCUGCGCAAGGGCAUGGGCUACGAGGUCAAGGUUCGCCCCUUCUUCGAUGAGUUCCAGGGCGCUGAUAGUGAGGUGAAGAUCGCGACCACAUUGGAGGAAGCACCGGACUCAGCCCCCGAGAGCGUCACUCUGAACGAAGGCAAUGUGACGGGCGUGGUGGUGGUGACGUGGCUUCCGCCUCCAGACCACUCUCACAACGGGGGGCUCCUGGAGUACAGGAUCUGGUGCCUGGGGAACGAGAGCCGUUAUCACGUGAACAGGACGGUGGACGGGCUGACGCACUCCGUGGUCAUCUCCUCGCUGACCCCCGGCAUCCGCUACAGCGUGGAGGUGGCGGCGAGCAACGGAGCAGGUCCCGGCGUCAGGAGCCAACCACAGUUCAUCCAACUGGAUCCCUUCGGCAGGCUGACCCCCAAGAUGUCCGAGGACCAGGUCAGCCUGUCCCAGCAGAUCUCGGAGGUGGUGAAGCAGCCGGCCUUCAUCGCCGGCAUCGGGGCUGCCUGCUGGAUCAUCCUCAUGGUCUUCAGUAUCUGGCUGUACCGUCACCGCAAGAAACGUGCCGGGCUCAGCGCCAACUACGCCGGCAUGAGGAAAGUCCCCUCUUUCACAUUCACACCAACAGUCACGUACCAGCGAGGCGGGGAGACAGUCAGCAGCGGGGGCAGGCCUGGCUUACUGAACAUUGGAGACUCAAACACACAGCCUUGGCUGGCAGACACCUGGCCCAACACAGGCAACAACCACAACGACUGUAGCAUUAACUGCUGCACCUCAACCGCAGGCAACAGUGACAGCAACCUCACCACUUACAGCAGGCCAGCUGACUGCAUCGCCAACUACAAUAACCAGCUGGAGAACAAGCAGACGAACCUGCUGCUGCCGGAGACUGCAGUGUACGGGGACGUGGGGCUGAGCAACAAAAUCAACGAGAUGAAGACCUUCAACAGCCCCAACCUGAAGGAGGGUCGGGGCCCGGGCUCGGGCGCCCAGCCCACCCCCUACGCCACCACUCAGCUGAUCCAGACCACCCUGGGCAACAACAUCAACAGCAGCGGGGUCGAGCUGAACGAGAAGCACUGGAAGCCCUCCCUGCAGGGGAAGCACGAGGUCUCCUCAGUGCAGUACAACAUCAUGGAGCAGAACAAGCUCAACAAAGACCUGCGGUUGGCUGAGAGCAGCACUAUCCCCACCAUCCCCUACAACCAGGGCAGUGACCACAACACCGCCGGCUCCUAUAACAGCUCCGACAGAGGCAGCAGCACCUCCGGGAGUCAAGGUCACAAGAAGUCAGCCCGAACCCCAAAAAUGCCCAAACAGGGGAGCAUGAACUGGGCUGAUCUCCUGCCACCACCCCCCAUCCACCCUCCGCCUGGGACCACCCACUCCGAGGACUACGGCCUAAUCACUGACUUGAGUUACGAGCGAAUGGAGCUGUGCCCUCUGCCCCCGGCUCGCAUGUACCUGGAGCCGGACGGGCUGGAGGAAGAUGAUGAGGAGGAGGAGGAGGAGGAGGACGAUGAAGAUGAGCGGGGGCCAACGCCACCUAUCCGCGGGGCAGCGUCCUCGCCAGCGGCCGUGUCCUACAGUCACCAGUCCACGGCCACCCUCACCCCCUCCCCACAGGAGGAGCUCAUUCCUAUGUUACUCGACAGUACUGAGGAGCCCCCACCUCACACACAGCCCGCCAGCGAUCGCAGGAGGAACCCAGUCAGCCCCCCGCCUCCCCCGCGACCGAUCUCCCCCCCGCACACGUACGGUUACAUCUCGGGGCCUCUGGUGUCAGACAUGGACACAGACGCUCCCGAGGAGGAGGGUGACGGUGAAGGGGAGGGGGGGGAGGGGGAUCUGGACCUGGAUCUGGAGGUGGCUCGGGUGCAGGCGGGGGUUCGGCUGCGGUUGCCGGGGCUGGAGCGGACCCCGGCCUCCAGCCUGGGAGACCUGGAGAGUUCCCUGACCGGCUCCAUGAUCAAUGGCUGGGGCUCGGCCUCCGAGGACAACCCCUCGUCCAGCGGCCGCUCCAGCGCUGACAGCUCCUCCGACGGCUCCUUCUUCACGGACGCAGACUUCGCCCAGGCCGUGGCAGCCGCCGCUGAGUACGCUGGCCUGAAGGUCACACGGCACCGCGGCCAUGAGGGCCGGCGGCUCCAGGGCUCCUCUCAAGGUCCGCGACCGACCAGCCCCUUCUCCACCGACAGUAACGCCAGCGCCGCCGUCCUGCAGAAAUGCCGACCCGGCAAGAAAUCCAAACACCCCCCGGCUCACCUCCGCAGAGACCUCUUCACUGACGAGCUGCCCCCUCCUCCCAUCCCCCCGCCCGCCAUCAAGUCUCCCACCCAGCAGCAGAUGAGGCCUCAGCUGGAGGGACGGCCAGCGAUGGGGUGCAAGCCCCCCUCGGAGCACAGAGAGAGGAGGGGAGGGGGCUUCCGAGCGCGGGAGGCUCCCGAGACACGCUUCCCCCCGGAGAGACAGAGCGAGCUGCACGGCGUCGGCAAACCACGCCUGGGCAAAGCCGGGAAACGGGAAAGCUCCCAGACCAGGGCUCAACUCCACCCAGUCACGCAGGAUGUUCUGCCCUACAGUCGUCCGACCUUCCCCUCCGCCCAGAGCCCGCGAGACCCCAGCUCCUCCAGCUCGCUGUCCUCACGGGGGUCCGGGGGCAGGCGGAGGGGGGAGCCGGGAGUGCCGGGGGGCAGCGGGGCAGUGAGGCGCACCCCGGGGGAGCCGGCCCUGCAGGCGAUAGGAACAUACGAGUGUGAGGAGGAUCCGGAGGAAUUUGGGAGCUGAGGAUUUGCCUCGAUGUCAGCGGUGAUCGAGAGCCUUUUGGGACAGCGUGGAAGGGAGUGAGAGAGGGGGAGAAAGAGAGAGAGAGAGACGUCUCACCCUCCCCGGAUGCCUGGAAAGGAUUGGGUACCACAGUUUGGUGCAAUGAGUAAAAAUUACAAAAAAUGACGCUUUCUUUUUCGUUACACAUUGAACAAUCGUGUGUGGUUCUUUUCUAAACAAAAAUAAUUUUUG